AUGGUUGCAAAAAAAGUAGUCCUCCAACUCGUGAUCUCUCCACUUUCAGAAAUAUUUUUUUUUCUCUUUAACCUUGACAAUAUUCCGGCUGUCUUUUUUGCGGGGACAACUUUUCAGAACUUGCGAACAUUCUUCACAAGACUUUCGUCAUUUUUAUUAUUUCCCCUCUCUCUCUCUCUCUCUCUCUCUCUUUCUAUUUUCUACUACUUUGAUUUUCACUUGAACUUUACCCUUUCUUUUACUUAUUUUUACCAUUUAAUUUCUCAUUGUUUGUCUUUCAUUUUUUCUUUCUUUCAUACUUCCUUUCGCUGUUUUGUCAUUUUUUUUCUCACUUUUUACUUUUCUCUGCUUUAUAAUUAUUCCUUCGCAUAUGCAUUCCCGUAUGCAUCGCUUUCAUUUUAUCUCCUUUCACUGUUAGUUUUGUUUUUCUUUUUUCACUUUCCCCAUCUCACUGCUUCGUUUUACUUUCCUUUACGUUUUACUCAUUGUUGCCUCUUUAUUGUUACUUUUUUUUUUCUUUUACUUAGUCUUUUACGUACCCUUUGCCACUUUCUUUUAUUUUUUUACUUCUUACGCUUCCCAACUCUCUUUCUACCUUUUCUGUUACUUUUUCCUUUACAUGUUGUUUCUCACGAUUUUUAA